AUGAUGCUCAGCCCGGACCAAGCGGCCGACUCCGACCACCCCUCCUCGGCGCCCUCCGACCCGGAGUCCCUGGGCGGCGCGGACGGCCGGGCGCUCAGCUGCUGCGUCUCCGACCCGGAGCCCGCGGAGGGCGGCGGCGGAGGGGGAGGCGGGGAGGGUCGCGGCGGGGGACGGCCGGGGCUGCACCCGCCGCCGCUGAGCCGCGAGGAGAAGAGGCGGCGACGGAGAGCCACGGCCAAGUACCGCUCGGCCCACGCCACGAGGGAGCGGAUCCGCGUGGAGGCCUUCAACCUCGCCUUCGCCGAGCUGCGGAAGCUGCUGCCCACUCUCCCCCCCGACAAGAAGCUGUCCAAGAUCGAAAUCCUGCGCCUCGCCAUCUGCUACAUCUCCUAUCUCAACCACGUCCUGGACGUGUAA